CCGGUACUCCGUGGUCGCUGGGCGGGGCCGUGACGUCCUUGGCGUGGCUGCAGGGGAGGCCGCGGCGGGGAAAAUGGCGGACGGGAAGGCGGGAGAAGACAAGCCCGAGAAGCCGCAGCGAGCUGGAGCCGCCGGAGGACCUGAAGAAGAAGCAGAAAAACCUGUGAAAACUAAGACUGUUUCUUCCAGUAAUGGAGGGGAAAGUUCCAGUCGCAGCGCUGAGAAGCGAUCAGCUGAAGAAGAAGCUGCAGACCUCCCAACAAAGCCUACAAAGAUCUCCAAGUUUGGAUUUGCCAUAGGUAGUCAGACGACAAAGAAAGCCUCAGCUAUAUCCAUCAAACUUGGAUCGAGUAAGCCUAAAGAAACAGUUCCAACUCUUGCUCCAAAAACACUUUCAGUAGCAGCAGCUUUUAAUGAAGAUGAAGAUAGUGAACCAGAGGAAAUGCCUCCAGAAGCAAAGAUGAGGAUGAAGAAUAUUGGAAGGGAUACACCAACAUCAGCUGGACCAAACUCCUUCAAUAAAGGAAAACAUGGGUUUUCUGAUAACCAGAAGCUAUGGGAGAGAAAUAUAAAGUCUCAUCUUGGAAAUGUCCAUGACCAAGACAAUUAAAUGAUGUGUUUUGAAAUUGGGGUUAUGGGGUGGGUGUAAAGUUAAAAGGAACAGUUUCCUUUUUUAAAGAAUGGUAUAAGACUAUCUUUGGAGCCGCCUCUUUUUUUUCUUUCUUUUUUUUUUUAAGAUUGAGUGGUACACUAAUAAAUGAGAGUUUGAAAUUAGAGGUAAUUUAUGUUUUAUAUACAGAUUUCAAGACAUUUGCUAAUUUUGUAGUUUCAUGUGAUUAGUUUCCAAAGGUUACAUAUAAUAAAAUCAGAAAUGGUACCUUUUUAAGAAUUACAUAUUUUUUUAGACACAAUUAUUAGCACACGAGAGGGAAGCAACAAGUUUUUGUCUAUUUAAACUGUAAACAAUUACUCUCUUAAGUCCCUUAUUAGCUAAACUGGCUCCCAGGAACAGCCUUAUCAAGAAGGGAGUACUGUAUUGGGAGGAAAAUGUUAGGAACUAUUGACUGAAAAUAAAUUAGAUAAAAUUAAAUAUUAGCUUUUUUUUUCCCCUAAUGGACAUUUGCUUUGUUUCAAGUCAUCAUAGAACUAGAUACUGCAUUGCUAUCAGUGAAUACAGAUGCUUAGCUCUUUUAAAAAAAUUUAUGUCGACUUGAGUAUUUGAAAUAGCCCACUUCACCUUAAUGGGUCUUGUCUGCCUUCAUUAGUCUUCAAAGAACAACCAUUUGCUACCAAAGUAAAUCAGUAUUUUGAAUGUGCUUCUCGGUUUUUGUUAUUAGCUAGUUUCUGUAAGCAUUUCCACCAUAAUUUGAGGAAAAUCAUAAGGAAGCUGUUUCUUUUAAAUUACAGACCACCACCAAAAAUUUAAAUGUACAUAAAUACUGAAAUAUUAGGGUGUUUUUAUUUUCAAAGAGGUAUAAACACCAAAAAGGAAAAAUCAGCUUUGUAUGAAGAUGGAAAAUGAGAAGAUGCACUUUCCUGUAAUUUUUUCAAAAACAUUUAAGUUACUAACUUGUGAAAUACAACUUGAUUUGGGCUUAAUACAGGUUUUAUUUAAUAUAAUAAUGUGCUUCAUCUUAAGUGUGUACAUGGCCUGUGUCCUCUUAAAAGCACAUUUUAUUUACUGAAAGCAAAAUAAUGGCAUCUUCAAGCAUAUUUUAUGGAUCUUGACCAUAUAUACUUUGUUAGAUUGUAGAGGGUUUUUUUUUAUAUUUUUGUAUUGUAUAUGGAUUUUUUUUUAAUGUGACAGUUAAACAUCUUUAAAACAUAGUCACAGAUAAAAGAAAAUGUAUAAUGCCUGAAAACUACAAUGUUAAAUUUGGAGGCAGCUUCUGACUUGGAUUGGUGGUAACUACUCACUGAACUCAAAAUAGGUAAUAACUCCAGAGAAGCAGCCUGUAUAUAUUCCUAACACUUAUGUUCACUUGCAUUUAAAUUUAGUGUAAGCCCCAAGUAAAACAAUGGAAAUGUAUAUAGGACUAUUCUUACAUGAUUUAAUUUUAUCAGGAUUCAUAAAUUUAACUUGCUUUAAUGUAGGCAAACUUUUUGUUUUAGUUCAUUUCAUUGUUUGUUAAAGUAACAUCCUCUCCAACCUGUUCUUUUGAUUCAGAUGAAUUACUAACCUACGUUGGGAGAGAGAAAUGACUGAAAUGAAUGUCUUUACUAAAAUACCAAUAAAUUUGUCAAACUCCA